AUGGUGGCGGACAGCGACGCCCUCAUCAACCUCGCACACAACUUCUUCUACGGCGAAGCCGUGCUCUUUGCCGCGGGCUGCCAGGUGUGCCCCGAGGAGAUCACCCAGCGCAACCAGCUACUGUUGGAUGACACCAGCGUGGGGGUAGCAGGGAAGUGCAGCGACGCUGGCUUCUCUGGCCAGCGAGACUACUCGGUGGCGGGGGCAGGCAAGGGCGCCAGGGGGAGUCUUGCAGGGAACUGUCUGACCCACAAUCGGGACGUCAAGUGCCCGUCCAACGCCACUCAGCGCAGCACGGCAGCCUGCCAGGCGUUCUGCAGCAUCACUGACAACGGCCCCUGUGACGGCCAUGGCGCGUGCGUGCCGCCUGCACCGGCCGCCCAGGCCAACUUCACGUGCGCGUGCGAUGCUGGGUACUCUCCAGUGGACGUGGGCAACGGCUCCACGUGCGCCAUCGUCAAUGCCACCACCACCAACUUGUCUUCGCUGUCAACAGGUGCCAUCGUGGGCAUUGCUGUGGGGUGCUUUGCCGGCUUCACUCUGCUCACCGCUGUGCUCGCCUGGCUAAUGUGGCCCCGCGCACAAAGGAAAUGGAAAGGGCUGGACGUGUGCGAGCAGUUCUCACUGCAGCAGCUGGUGAAGGCCACGGACAACUGGGCGAGUGACAACGUGCUGGGGAAGGGCGGGUUUGGCAUCGUGUACAAGGGGUGCUCGCCGCAGGGGCUGCUGUGGGCAGUGAAGCGCUCCACUAUCAUGACCAACGACUUUGAGACCAAGGUGCGCACCAUGGCAUCGCUGCACCAUGUGAAUCUGGUGCGCCUGCUGGGCUUCUGCCAGGACCAGGACAUGGAGACGGGCAAGCAGGAGCAGAUCCUCGUGUACGAGUUUGUGGCCAACCGAGACCUGCACCACCACCUCUACAAGACCAACAACCCUCUCUCGCUGCGCCAAAGGCUGCGCCUGGCGCAAGGAGCAGCGGAGGGCCUGGCGUACCUGCAUGGGUUUGCAACGCCCAUCAUCCACCGCGACAUCAAGCCCGCCAACAUCCUCGUGACGGCCGACAUGCAUGCCAAGGUCGCAGACUUUGGGCUGCUCAAGCUGCUCACUCAUGGCGACACUGAUGCCACCAGAGUGGCGGGCACGCCUGGCUAUGUGGAUCCAGACUACAACCGCUCCAACGUCAUCACGGCCAAGAGCGAUGUCUUCAGCUUCGGCAUUGUUCUCCUGGAGUUGCUGAGUGGAACGCCACCCACCUUUCACCGUGCAACCCAUAUCAAGAUCUGGGCGCAGAAGAGGGUGGAUGCAUAUGAGUUUGAGGAGCUCAAGGACAGCAAGCUGCAGGCCAGUGAGGAGGCCGUGGUGGACUUUGCUGACCUGGCACUGGACUGCAUUAAGGCGCCGGGCACACGCCGCCCCGACAUGAAGGACGUGGCAUACCGCCUCCGUGCCCUCAUUGACAAGCUCUGCCCUGACAAGGAGGAAGAGCGGGCGUCUGGUAGAGAAGAGAGUGCAAGCACCGGAGAGGAGUCGUCUACCACGAAAUGUUCUGCUAGCGGGAGCUCAUUUUUGAGCUCGGGUUCCGAUAGUGUCAUGAGUUGGCUGGGGCUGAGGUUCCGUUAG